AUGGAAUCCGCUGGUCGCUGGGACCAUGGCCCGUCCAACGGCAGCACCUAUGAGGUUGAGCUCAGAAAUGGCUCCAAUUCCACUUCUCAGUUUACCGGCGUGCAGAUGAUCCAGUCUUUCAAGCCUCUGAUCAUCCCCUGCUACACUUUGGUUGUGCUGGUGGGCAUUUUUGGGAACUAUCUCCUCCUCCAUGUUAUCUGUAAGACUAAGAAGAUGCACAAUGUCACCAACUUCUUCAUUGGAAACCUGGCCUUUUCUGACAUGCUGAUGUGUGCAACCUGUGUCCCUUUCACUCUAGCAUAUGCUUUCAACCCCCAGGGAUGGGUCUUUGGGAAGUUCUUGUGCUAUUUUGUGUUCCUGAUGCAGCCCAUGACGGUAUAUGUGUCCGUCUUCACCCUCACGGCUAUCGCAGUAGACAGGUAACUGCCUCCUGAAUGAUUCAUCCAGAUUUGGAUCCCCUAUCCCCAUUCCCAUCCUUGCUGCCAGACCACCACGUCUAUUGAUAGCUCCAGAUUGCUCCAGGUCAGGGGUCAGCAAACUUUUUCAGCAGGGGGCUGGUCCACUGUCCCUCAGACCUUGUGGGGGGCUGGACUAUAUUUUAAAAAAUAAAUAAAUGAACGUAUUCCUAUGCCCCACAAAUAACCCAGAGAUGCAUUUUAAAUACAGUGGUACCUCAGGUUAAGUACUUAAUUCGUUCCUGAGGUCUGUACUUACCCUGAAACUGUUCUUAAGCUGAAGCACCACUUUAGCUAAUGGGGCCUCCUGCUGCCGCCGCGCCGCCAGAGCACAAUUUCUGUUCUCAUCCUGAAGCAAAGUUCUUAACCUGAAGCACUAUUUCUGGGUUAGCGGAGUCUGUAACCUGAAGCGUAUGUAACCUGAGGUACCACUGUAAAAGCACACAUUCUACUCAUGUAAAAACACGCUGAUUCCCGGACCGUCCACAGACCGGAUUUAGAAGGCAAUUGGGCUGGAUCCAGUCCCAAGGCCUUAGUUUGCCUACCCAUGCAAUAGUACUUUUCAGAAGGACUUGCAUUCAGCCACUGCUUUGACAGAAGGCUGUUCGUCAUCAAUCACAAAUGUUUUCCAUCAACGUUCUGCACUUUUGUUGCAGCCCAGUGGGUUGCAUCUUAAACUCAUCUUUUCAUUAAAGAGAUGUAAUUACCUUCGGGAGGAAAUCCAGCUGAGCCUUUUCUCAACAAGUUGGGGAAAUGAGCUCUACACGAAGUGGCAGAGGCUCCCCAAGGUUUCAGCUGGGAGCUUUUCCUAGCCCUGCUUGCAAAUGUGGGACCAGGGCCAUACCAUCCCAUUCUGCCACCUGAGGCGAAACAGGAAGGUGCUGUCCCCCUGCUGCCCGCCUGCCAAAGCCUCACUUACCAGGGUCGCAUGGCAGUGACUUGCGGUGAGAUCUCCCUGUGUAAUUCUCACGAAAUCUCACAUGAGCUCAGUGAGAUCUUGCGAGAUCUCGCUGGAAGCCACCACUGCUGCUGCUUCUCCUCACCUCUCCUGCGGCGCUGCCAAGAGCAGCCACACAGGGUUCCAUUGCCUGAAGCAGCUGUCUCAAUCCACCUCAUAGGUGGGCUGGCCCUGCCUGGGACCUUCUGCAACCUUGUGAAGCCUGCGCUGUAACCCCUGAGAUGCAGCUCCUCACAGAAACUGGCCCUUAUAUCAAGAUGAUUGCAAACGAGCCCAUCUCUUUCCUGGGUUUUGUGCUCCGCAGAUGCCCUACUGUUUUAACUUGACCAACCCAAGGGACGUUACAGGGCAGCAGACAUUAAGUAGGUACUUUCUCCUGCUGUCUUUCCAAUUUGGGACCAAACCACAAAGACAUCGCUGGCUGCUUGCCAUUCCCACUUUGUGAACCAUCUUCCCUCAGCACCUCACAGUUGCCCUUUCCCACUGCAGGACCAUCAAGCUCUCAUCAUGUUUCUAACUUGUGACGAGCCAAGUAGGCGAACAAGCUAAUUUCGUCCCCACUCUUCUCCCCAGGUGGGUCUAGUUGAGCCAACAGGGUAAGACCAGAGAAUGGUGCCUAUUUGAGCUGCCGCUGAGUUUUCUCAGCAAUCAAAGAAGGAAGUCUUUGCCUGCUAGGGCUUUGGGGUAUUUUUGCACUGCUGGGUAUAAUUUCCAACCUCUGGUUAAUGUUAUGAUAGUUUAUUUGCUGCAGAGAAACAAAUUGUUCAGGUGGCUGAAUGUAGCUUUUCUCUUUGAAAAGCAGGACAGUGAUGUAAAAGCUAACGGGGGUGGGGCAUGGAUAUCUUUCUGAUAGGAUGUUUCCAUGGCAACAUAAAUCUAGUAGGCAAUGGUAAUAUAGGAAGCUGCCUUUUAUGGACCACUGGUCCACCCGGCUCAGUGCUGUCUACACUGGCUGGCAGUGACUCUUUGUUGCCUCGUCCAAACAGUACACUUAAAGCAUUGUUGUUGUUGUUGUUGUCUAGUCGUUUAGUCGUGUCCGACUCUUCGUGACCCCAUGGACCAGAGCACGCCAGGCACUCCUGUCUUCCACUGCCUCCUGCAGUUUGGUCAAACUCAUGCUGGUAACUUCGAGAACACUGUCCAACCAUCUCAUCCUCUGUCGUCCCCUUCUCCUUGUGCCCUCCAUCUCUCUGUCCUCUGUUGGUCCUCUUUCCCAACAUCAGGGUCUUUUCCAGGGAGUCUUCUCUUCUCAUAAGGUGGCCAAAGUAUUGGAGCCUCAGCUUCACGAUCUGUCCUUCCAGUGAGCACUCAGGGCUGAUUUCCUUCAGAAUGGAUCGGUUUGAUCUUCUUGCAGUCCAUGGGACUCUCAAGAGUCUCCUCCAGCACCAGAAUUCAAAAGCAUCACUUCUUCAGCGAUCAGCCUUCUUUAUGGUUCAGCUCUCACUUCCAUACAUCACUACUGGGAAAAACAUAGCUUUUACUAUACGGACCUUUGUUGGUGAUGUCUCUGCUUUUUAAGAUGCUGUCUAGGUGAUGCCCCUUUAAGAGCCAUGGCUCCCCCUAAGAAUUCUGGGGACUGUAGUUUGCUAAAGCUGCUUGGGGGACUGUAGUUUGCUAAAGCUGCUUGGGAGAUCCCUGUUCCCCACAAAGAACUACAAUUCCCAUGGUUCCCCAAGAAAAGGGAUUGACAGUUCAAACACUCUGAGAAUUGUAGGUUACAACAGCCCGAGAUUAUUUUAAAACACGAUUAAAGAGCCUGUGUGAAUAAAAGUGUCUUCGCCUGGCACUGAAAAGACCAGGCACCAUAGGCAAGCAUCUUUGGAGAAGCUAUUCUAUAGCCAGGGUGCCACUACGGAACACAUACAUGCAGGUGUGUGUGUUUGGGGAAGCUUGCUUGCUCUGGGCCUUAGAGGGCUAAGCCGGCCCUCCAGCAUUGAGCUGCAGCCCCAGUCUCAGCAUGGUGCAUGCAAAGUCUGCGCCAGGGGACAGCUAAGCCCAAUAGGCCUGGAGCGCAUGGAGAUUGCGCCCUCAAUUGCACCAAGGAAUGCUCUGCAACACAUGUGUUCUUAGGCAGAUGGGUGCAUGUGUGAAAAGGUUCCCUGAGGUCAAGAAGCCUGGGCUCCACCUGACAAGGCAGAUACAGGGACGCUUUUCUUCUUCCCUCUCACUGAGCUCCUUGAAGUUCCAAAGGGCUUCAAGGAACAUUUUGACUAUCUCUCAAAGCCCAAGCUUUAGCACACUUCAGAGAGGGCGGGGGGAAACACGUUUGGAAAAGUCAGAUCUAAAGGAGUGUUCUGGCUGGUUGGUGAGUUUCUGGAGAGGCUGGUAGGAACCCUUCUGUGCAACACCAGUCUUCCCGCUGAAUGGAAAUAAAAGUCUGUGUUACUUCAUUGCCCCACAAUACCUACUUUCCCACGUGACUUAAUUCAGCAACGUGGCUUCUGAUGGAAUAAAUUGCUGUUCCCGAGGAGUGGCGCUUUUCUGGGGUGGAAGGCUGUAAUUUCCAUCACCAGCUUUGCCUUGUGACAGUCUUUUCUUGUUUAAUUAACUUGCAUAGAAAUGGAAUAUUAUUGAAAUCAAAGCAAGGGGAACAGUAUGUUUGACUAAAUACAUGGGCCUUGUGCUGCUUUUGUGUGCAGCCCUGGAAUUUUCUGGGGCUGAUCAUUAGCCAUUUGCUAGUACUCUCAGUGUUUCUGGUGGUUCUUGCUGAACUGCAAUAUUGCCAGCAUUGCUCUAAAACAGAAACCAUUUAUGGCCCGUGCCAGGGAUGGGUGGGGGUGGGGAACUCAACCAGGAUCUGAGUAUAGCAAGAGCUGUCAAAGACGUCCAAGAUGGUGCAAGUGCUAUUUGGAGAAGGCAGCCAGCAGCUAUAGUUCUGCACCUGCAUCCCUGAAAAUAGGACCCACUGAACUCAGUAGGAUGGUUUCCCAAGUAGACAUGUAAGGGGUUUUGCUGCUCACAGUGAGCAUGCUGCAUGAACCAGGGAAUGUACCCGAGAUUGCUGUUGCAUUUGUCUCUGACCCUUCCUCUAAGUUGCUCAAGACAUAAGACAUAGAAUUAUAGAGUUGGAAGGGACCUUGGGGAUCAUUCAUUGUGGCUACUGGUCUUAUGAAUUGUGUCGGCAGCAUAGAUUAUGGUAGGAUAGCAAGCUUUUGAGAAUUCUUUGUCAGGAAGGGAGACCAUGCUGCCCUACCUUUUUACAGAAAUACAUUAUUAUUAUUAUUAUUAUUAUUAUUAGUUUAUUUUAUAUGCCACUUAAUUAUUAUCAGCAUUAUUUAUUCAGUUUAUUGGUGGCUUGACAUAUAAGGAGUCUCCAAGAAACUUACAAAAUUUUAAGAGCAGAAAGCAUACCUUGAAACCAGGAAAAAAAGAACGCUACAAUAAAAGCCAUACAAUAAUCUAUAAAACAGACCCAAUAAAUCAGUAAUAUAUGCCAAAACAGGCUUCUAAGCAGUUUACAAAAUAUAAAAACCAGUUACAUAAAUGUUAAAUUGUAAGCAUUAAUCCCAUUGAGAUUUAAAAACAUGCAUAUAUAUAUAUAUAUAUAUAUAUAUAUAUAUAUAUAUAACAAAAUUAAAACAAUCCCAUUACAGUGGUACCUCAGGUUACAGCCGCUUCAGGUUACAGACUCCGCUAACCCAGAAAUAGUACCUGGGGUUAAGAACUUUGCUUCAGGAUGAGAACAGAAAUCGUGCGGCAGCAGCGUGAGGCCCCAUUAGCUGAAGUGGUGCCUCAGGUUAAGAACAGUUUCAGGUUAAGAACGGACCUCCGGAAUGAAUUAAGUUCUUAACCCGAGGUACCACUGUAAAAGAAUUAAAACAGGAGACUCUGCAAGGGAAGCCAGGCUGCUCUCCUGUAGGCAGGCUCCCUCUGGUUUGAGGUUGAGGUGUUGGCCACUGAUCUUAAGUAUCUUUAACCAUAAGGAGCUAUCCUCUCUCCCAUUGGAGCUGGGGGGGGGCGUAGCUCAGUGGCAGAGCAUCUGUUUUGCAGGUAGAAGAUUCCUGGUUCAGUCCCCAGGGGGUCCAGGUAGGAGUGGGAAAGACCCAUGCCCCAAACCCUGGAUACUUGCUGCCAGUAGACAGUACAGAACUAGAUGGACCAAUGAACUGACUCAGGAUAAGGCAGUUUCAUUCAUAUACAAUCAUACCUCGGGUUACAGACCGCUGAAACCCGGAAGUACUGGAAUGGGUUACUUCCGGGUUUCGGCGGUUGCACAUGCGCAGAAGCGCCAAAUCGCUAUACUCCAACUCCCAUCCUCCCUGUCCUUUGGCUGUGGUUGAUGGGAGUCCAAUGAUAUCCGGAGGGCUUUCGUAAGAGAAAGCAGCAGGAGGGAUGUCACUGUCUUUCCUCUCGUCUCUUCCCUAGGUACUACACGACUGUGCACCUCCUUAAGAAGCGCAUUUCCUUUACUACCUGCGUGUACAUCAUCGGUGGGAUCUGGCUGCUCUCGGGUGCCUUGGUGGCCCCCGCUAUUGCCCACACCUACCAUGUGGAGUUCCAGAAGGAAGGCUUUGCUAUCUGCGAGGAGUUCUGGAUGGAAGAGGGGAAAGAGCGCCUGGUCUAUGCCUACAGCACCUUGAUCAUCACCUACAUCCUCCCCCUCUCAGCUGUCUCCCUCUCAUACAUCUGCAUCACCAUUAAGCUGAAGAACCGCGUUGUGCCUGGCCACCCAACACAGAACCAGGCGGAGUUUGACCGCCUGCGGAAGAGGAAGAUCUUCCGCCUGCUUGUGCUGGUGGUGGCCGCCUUUGCCAUCUGCUGGCUCCCCAUCCACGUCUUCAACGUCCUCCGUGACAUUGACAUCAACCUCAUCAACAAGGACUACUUCCUUCUGAUCCAGCUGCUCUGCCACUGGUUUGCCAUGAGCUCUUCCUGCUGCAACCCCUUCCUCUAUGCCUGGCUGCAUGAUCGCUUCCGAAGCGGAUUGAAAGAGGUGUUCACCUUCAAGCAGAAGAUCAUGCCCACCAAUAACUGUGUAGCGGUCAGCGUAAUGCUCUGA